AUGGCUGCUUCAGUUUCAAGGCGUGUUGUGAAGAAGGUCCUCGCCGUCGAGACGGCCGAGGGCGAAGGUGCCCUCGUGCGCCGCUCUAUCGGGAGCAUGAAGCUACGAAACCUCACCCCGUUCCUCAUGCUAGACCACUUCCAUGUGUCCAAGGGGGCUGGCUUCCCGGAUCACCCUCACCGGGGUCAGGCAACUGUCACCUACAUGCUGGAGGGCUCGAGCCGGCACGAGGACUCUGCCGGUCACAAGGGCACGAUUGAGACAGGUGGUGUUCAGUGGAUGUGUGCGGGCCGCGGAAUCAUUCAUGCAGAGAUGCCCGUGCAGGGCCCGGACAUCCCUGAGCCUCGCGGUAUGCAGCUCUGGAUUGACUUGCCAAAGCAAUACAAGAUGGUCGAGCCUACAUACCAGGAGCUAGGACCCGAAGAGAUCCCCUCCGCGUUCCCGGAAGGUCCGGACGGCGGGGUGAAGAUCAAAGUCAUCAGCGGCAAGAGCCACGGCGUGGAGUCGCCUGUGCGCCCGCUCGGCGGCUGCUGGUACUUCCAUGUCAUCAUCGACAAGAAGGACAAGACCGUCUUCCAGGACAUCCCGGCGGGCUGGACGUCGUUCAUUUACAUUUUGAAGGGGUCGCUGAAGGUAGGCGAGGAGCCCAAUGCACAUGAAGCGUUCCACACGCUAGUGCUUUCUGGGGAUGCGAACGAGAACGGCGUGCAACUCACGUCUUUGGCGGACAACACCGAAGCAGUUGUAAUUGCCGGCGAGCCGCUCGAGCAGUCCGUCGUGCAGUACGGACCCUUCGUCAUGACAAGCCGGGAAGAGAUCCAGCAGACGCUCUUGGAUUACCAGUUCGGCAAGAACGGUUUCGAGAAGGCGCACACUUGGAAGAGCCUGAUCGGCGGCCGGUAG